AUGGCCAGGCAUACAUCGCGCCAGCGUCUGCGCAUGCACCUCAUCAUGAUCAUGCCCCCCAAAGCCCGAAUGCCGUCCCAGCACAGACCCAACGGCCAGACAGCCAUCCAGCCCAGACCAGCUCGUGCGGUCAGCCGACAAGCAACAUCAUUCCGCACAGGCCAUCUCCCGCCAAAAAGAAUGCAAGGUUCGACGGUGUGCAUUUACACUUCCGAUCGUCUUCAACCGGCUGGUCGCGCCCCAAAGCAGAUGGGCCAUCUCGCGGACCAAGAGACCCCUGAGGGGAACAGGGAUUAUGCUGGGCCGAUGCAUGCAUUGCUGAUCGCUGGCUCUGGCUUUGACAUCGCCGGUGGAUCAGAGGAUGCAUAUACGGAGUACCGUACGGACCCCCCUCAGAGAGCCCCAAUAGGGGGUUGCUACAAGCUGCGAGUUGCGACGGAUCUACGACGGAGGCUGGCGCGUUUCAGGACGGACGGGAUGGGAUACAAGUUGGCCCGUGUGGUUUGGGAGAUCGGGUCGGGGUGGAUGGGUGUGGCGGGCGACAUGGAGGUUUAA